CAUUGGCUGAACCAGAAGAGCGGUUUACAAUAUUCAUAUUCUCCACCAAUCAAAUAAUAAACACAAAAAGCAAGCAAAUGGCCCCAACAAUGGCGGUGGCAGCAAAGAGGAACGAGGAAGAAGAGUUAAGGAAGAGAAACCAGGAGUUAGAGAAGGAAUUAAGGGAGAGCAGGGAAAGAGAGGAGCAGAUGAGGAUGGAGCUGCGGAAGGUAUGGAAAAGGCUGAGAGUGGCGGAAGAGGGGGAGGAGCGGCUGUGUUCGCAGCUGGGGGAGCUGGAAGCAGAGUCCGUUUAUGAGGCUCGUGAUUACAACGCCCGCAUAGUUUCCCUCAUGGAUAAGCUGUCCAAGGCUAACAACGUUGUCGUCAACAACCACCGUCCAUCGGCGCCCAUCUCCAUCCUCUGAUUUCAAUUGUUUUAUAUUA